GAGACCAUCAUAGAGACCAUCACAAACCAAUAGAGACCACUACAGGGACACCAUGUCUGGAGCUAACAGUGAUCACCUGCACAGGUCCACUCUAACUGUCUACUCGAAUCUGAUGGAAAAUUUCAACCCAGGCCUACAAAAGUUGGUUACUUUAGGAAACAACUAUGUCAAGGCUUUUCAAGCUUUGGCAUUGACAAGUGAGGCCUACUUUAGCAGCCUGGCUAAGUUGGGAGAGCAAGCUCUGCACACAUUCUCAUCCCACUCACUCGGUGAUGUGCUGAUUCAGAUCUCAGAGACCCAGAGGAAGCUGAUGGUAGAGGCGGAGGGAGUGUUCCACUGGUUCCAAGUGGAGGUGUUGCAGAACCUGGAUAAGAAUGUGAAGCUCGAUGAGGAGUACAUACAAGGCAGUAGGAGGGUGUAUGAGCUGGAGGUGAGAAAUCAGGCAGCUACUCUGGAGAGGCAUCUGAGACGUGGCGCAUACAGAGACUCACUGGAAGGCAGUGAGUAUAUGCAGUAUCUAAGGCAGAGCCAACAUGAGAUCCUUAGGGAGGAAGAGAGAAGAUACCGCUUCCUCACAGAGAAACACUGUGGACUGAGCCAUUCUCUACUGUACCUCCUCAAUAAGUCGGUGGCAUCUCUGCAGCCCAAAGCAGAGGGAUGGAGGGAGCAGGUGAAUGAGAGUCGCAGUGUCAGACCCCGCACCCCCAACCUACUGGACCAGGACACACAGCUGAGGGCUUCUGGGAAAGAUCACCAGCUGCUGGGCAGAGUGCCCUCUAGAGCCCCCUCCCCCCUCCCCAGCCGAGUGCGUUCGGGCUCCGUGGGCGAGUCCCUCGGCCUGGCCGGCAGCCGAUCCAUGAGGGCGCUCGUCUCCCAUCCCGCCUCAUCCAAUCUAGUGCUGCUGCCGUUCUCCCGUGGCGACGUGCUCACGCUGCUCGUACCGGAGGCCCAGAAUGGUUGGCUGUAUGGUCGUCAUGACAGCACUCUGAGGCAGGGCUGGUUUCCCGCAUCUUAUGUUGCUCCUCUAGACAACUUUCCGUCCCUGGGCUCCAGUGGGGCGUCGCUAAGAAGCCACAGCAUGAGCAACCUCCUGGAGCCGACAAACCAAUCAGAAGUCGCCGAUUUCAGGGGCCAUGCUGAAAUCCAGCCCCCAGCCACCCCCAUUCGCAGGGCCUCUCUUGAUGUUCGUGCGGUUUCUCCCCUUCCUGAUAGGAAGGCGGCAUCUUCAUAUGAGACUAAAACCAAUCAGAAGAGCUACAAUGAGAUCCCGCCUCCUGGCCCACUUUCUCGCAGAGCCUCAGGUGACUUUCGUCCAGUCUCUCCUCUCCCUGACAGGAGGGCAGAGUCUCACUUUGAGAGCAAAAUAGAGCCAAAAAAUUACUCCGAGAUCCCACCCACUGCCCCACCCAUUCCCAAGCCUACAACUGAUGUUCGUCCAAUCUCUCCUCUCCCUGAGAAAAAGGAGGAGUCAAGCUCUGAGAGGGCAAACCCUCAACGUCAGCCCCCAGAGCACCCUCUCUUCCCCAGGGGAUCGAAUCCUUUUGCCACGGUGAAGCUCCGCCCCACAGUGACCAAUGAUAGAUCAGCACCAAGAAUCCACUGACCAUUACCGUAGCAGCAGACUGCCCCUUGUCACGCUCAUUGGUCAAGAGACUUUACCAGGUUAUGGGCUGUCAUCAUCACUGGACAGCAGAAGUUUUGAAUCAACAUGAACAAAAUAUAUGACCCCUAAAUUGCAGAACUCUGGCUAGAUAAGCUCGUCCACGCCAACCAACCGAACCUGAGUGUACCACAGGGGACCCACAGGCUGCGUGUCAAUGGGAGGAUACCUCCAGAAACUGCACUCUCCUUCAUUCUAAUUCAUCGUGUUUGUUUUUAUACACAAAUUAUAUCUGCUUGGCCACUGUGUUUUGGCCCAAAAACUGAACUGUGCCUUCAUAUGUUCAUGUGUGUUUAUAUAUGUGUACAUGUGUGUGUGUGUGUGUUUUGUCAGGACCCUGCACCAUGUGUAGUUGAUGCAUUUAAGAAACUUGCUUUCUAGAGCACCUAGAGUGUGAUUUUAAGUUUAUGUUGAAAAAUAUAUUAAAUGUCUGACUGACUCUUCUGGCUCUUGAUGGAGCUUUAAGGCUCCUGAGACAAUCUUGUGUGCUCUAAUAGAAAUACCUUCUCAUGGAAUAGGAUGAAAAUAUACAACAUGUUUUUGUGUAGGCUAUUAUACUGUUAUUUGUCUACAGCUGAACUGCAAUAAAAUAGUAAUAAUAAAGUAAUGAAUGCAGCUAUAGCAGAGGUAAUAAAUAUAUUUCAUUAUAAUGUCUUAAACCUUAAAGAUGCAGAAAAUCUUUACCACCACCAGAGACGUGGG